AAACAAAUAUUUAAUGUAAUUUAAUUUAAUAAAAUUAAAUUUCUCUCUCUCUAAAAAGCGAGCCUAAGCACCAGACUGUGAGUAAAAAACUCACCUUCAGCUCAAUCGAUUCGAUUCCUUUUCCCUCCUAGGGUUCGUCUUCUCUCUAUCUCGCUCUCUCUCUCUGCGAUCGAAGAUGGUGGACUUCGCCCGCGUGCAGAAGGAACUGCAAGAAUGCAACAGGGACGUCGACGUUUCCGGCAUAAGCGUGAAGCCCAAGGCCGACAAUCUCACGCGCCUCGUCGGCACGAUUCCAGGCCCCGUCGGCACUCCCUACGAAGGCGGCACUUUCACCAUCGAUAUCGCCUUGCCUGAUGGAUAUCCUUUCGAGCCUCCUAAAAUGCAAUUUGCCACAAAAGUUUGGCACCCUAAUAUCAGCAGUCAAAGUGGAGCUAUCUGCCUGGACAUUCUGAAGGACCAAUGGAGUCCAGCACUUACUCUCAAAACAGCCCUUCUUUCUAUACAAGCAUUACUCUCUUCCCCUGAACCAGAUGAUCCACAAGAUGCUGUGGUAGCACAACAGUACCGUAGGGAGUAUCAGACCUUCGUUGGCACAGCUCGGUACUGGACGGAAACCUUUGCCAAGGCAUCAUCUCUUGGUGAUGAAGAAAAGGUGCAAAGACUUGUGGAAAUGGGCUUCUCCGAAAGUUUAGUGAGGAACACACUGAAAGAUGUUGGUGGUGAUGAAAACAUGGCUCUUGAAAAGCUGUUAUCUGCUUAAUUUUGGGAGCGUUUGUGCCCUCAUGGAGACUUCCAAUUAUACAGACAAGAUUAAUUUGCAUAUAAGCUUUUAAUAUCUGGUCUAGCUUUCUUUAGCAAUUGUAUCUUUGUCCAGACUGCUGCUUCAACCCUCAAGGGCAAGUCUUCUAAUGUCAUUCUUCAAUCUCAAUGGCAUGUAAUUGACAAACAAAUCUUGCUCUUUUGGUAUGGAAAGUCCCUGACAAAUUUCAACAGGAAA